AUGGGAAGAACGAAGGUGAGAAAAACGUCUUUCUCUAACUGUCCCAAAAUUACAGCUUCGUUGUCUUCUGAUGCGAACUAUAAAAUGGGGACUUACCACGUCAGAAUGGACGUAGAACAUCCAAGACAUUCGACGAGAAUGAACGGUCACUAUGGGAACACCUCAAACGCUGGAUGGAAUCAUCAUGUUGGAUUUUAUAGUCAACAGCUAGAAUAUCAUCCAUCGGACAAUCAUCCACUCCGUUCGCAUAUGCGCUAUUUCGGCCAGCAAGUGUUCCAAAACGGUGCCAGAACUCCCAAUGCCACGCCAUACAAGUAUACGGUUACUUUUUUAAACAACGUCCGGCAGCAUAUGUAUUUCGAACGCAGCGAUAGAAACUACGGAGAAAGCAUUGUACAAAGGCGUACAGAAUCUGUCCAAUCGAAUCAUACGUUCGCUAAUUUGCUACGCUGCUACGGUUAUCACAACAAUUGGCUUUUGUUCAAAUUUGGCUACAACUAUCAAAAACAUCCAAUGUAUAGAGGUAAACAUGAAACAUGGACACAAAACGUCCGUGAACCUCCGAAGUUCUUUGAGCGUGAAUGGGUACAAGAACAACAAUUAGACUCCGACACACCGCGACAACAGCUUUCUUAUCUGUUAGAACAAAGGGAGCAAAAGAAAAACGAUCCAACACCAGAAAGCACCGGUGACUUCCAGGACUAUGAUGAAUCCUUCCAAUCUCCGGUUAUGGAAAACGAAGAGAAUUCAGACGCGGAAACCUUAUCACCUAACCGUGUGACGUCACCUCUCAACAAUUCAUUCGAAGCAACACCAAUGCACACUACCAAUGUGUCGCCCACGGAGGAUCCAUUGUCGAUGGAUAUUUGGUGCAUGUUUCACGCGAAUAUGCAGUCCGAGACAACGUUUGCGAAAAAGAUGAGGCUGUGGAAAAAGUUGUACAACUCCUUCCAGCAGAUGGCAUCCUGGUUGCCCAAGUACGAACUAUACCUUAUGGGAAGCACCAUUUCGGGCUUCGGCACGGACAACUCAGACAUGGACAUGUGCAUCGUGGACAUUGAUGGUCCAACGUAUUGCGAUUCGCGCACGGAAGCGCUCAACAACUUACUGCGGGUGAAAAGCUUCAUCGAAUCGAUCCCCACUGCCAGCAGCUUUGAGCAUCUUGAUCUGAUAAGGGCAAAGGUGCCCAUCCUACGGUUUCGCAAUGUGCAGGAAAAUAUUGACAUCGAUCUGAGCAUCAACAAUCGCGUGGGCAUACGAAAUACUCAUCUGCUGCACUGCUAUGCUCAGUUGGACGAGCGUGUGCGACCGUUGGUGAUGGUCAUAAAGCUGUGGGCUCAGCAUCACAACCUGAACAAUCCGAUAAAGUCCACCAUGUCCAGCUAUUCGUUGGUGCUGAUGGUUAUCAACUUCCUACAGUACGGUGUUACUCCCGCGGUAGUACCGUGUCUGCAUAAGCUUUAUCCGGAAAAAUUUGGUCAAGACAACUAUAAUAGCAAUUUGCUGGAACGCAUCGAUCCACACGAAUCGGAAAAUAAGGACAGUCUUGGCGAGCUGCUGCUAAAAUUUUACCAAUACUAUGCUGAGUUUGAUUACGCAAACUAUGCUAUAUCGGUUAGGACAGGAACCAUUUUGCCUAUAUCAGAUUGCAAAUGGAAUGGCAGCGAACAGUUUGGUAUUACCAACUAUCUGUUCAUCGAAGAACCGUUCAAUCGUACAAACACCGGUAAAUCGGUGCAUGACAAAUAUGUGUUUCAACAGAUCAAGUUGGCAUUCGCUGCGUCCUGGAAAAUGCUAGAGGAAAGCGAAAGCUUGAGCAUCUUGUUUCGAAAACCACUCCUCGCAUCCUCCUCGAUUCCAUCACCAAAUAGCUAUUUCUAA